AUGUCGGCUUGGGACCGCAUUCCGUUCGCAAGCGCUCUUUCUCUCUCCGAUAUCUCCGCAAGUAAUAAACCCGAUGAACGGCCUAUAGUUGCACAUACCGAGAAGGCGCGCGAUGCUGGAUUCGAUUACCUCUGUGUCCCGUUGACCACCGAUGCGUGGAGAGAUCGUUGGCGCGCUAUGUGCGUGCUCCCUGCAGCAUCGCACGUUCCCGACAGCGCGGGAGAAGUGAACGAGAAGGAUGGCGAUGGUGAUGCGCGCAUGAGCGUCGGGCCCGAAGGCGCGAAGAUGCGCGCUGCUGAGGCGCGCGCCGAGGCCUGGCGGGCGGCUCCGGCGUUCGAGGCCGGAGAAGUGACAUUGGUCCAUCUUGAGGAGGCGCAAUACGUUGUCGGUCUUGUCAGCGACUGGCUUGAGCUUGAUGCUACUGAUUCUUGGGUCCGCCAUGAUGCCGAAAUCGCGUUACUGCAAGAGUUAUCCUACGCGUCAUACCUAGACGUGCAAACCGCCAUCCUUCCACCGCCACGAAACAGACAGCAUGUCGCAUCCUAUGCACGAGCUCUGAACGCCGCACUGGCUCGCAUACCAUACAUGCAGCUAUCAAUACGCCUGCCAAUCUACGAUCCUUCGAUAUUCCGAGACGAGAACACCUCGAGCGGUGAGCGACCAGGCGCCAAGGCGAGCGAAGCGGAGCUGAACAUGUGUUGGGAGAUGUGGGACACCGUGCGCACAUUGUGCGAUUACAGUCCUAGACUAACGCUCGCCCUGGACUUAACGCCACCCCUUCCGUCUGUUCCAGGCGUUCUCUCGCGCUGGGCGGCGGAACCUAUCAGACAUGUAUUUCUUCCGGCCACAACGUUCAUUGCGAAUGCCAAGGGAUACCCUGUGCUUCCUCGAGCUCUCAAGACGUUCUUGCAGGAUCUCAUGAAGCACCGCCCGACUAUCGUCCUCACUCGUACUGCAGAACGACUUCAUGCCAAGGGAAACGAGGCGGCUUACAUGCAGUAUGUGCAACAUCUGGAGAAGACGGCUCCAGGAUUGGUGGCAGCUGCUACGGAGGGUACUGUCGAAAACUUUGCACGCGGUUAUGCAGACUAUCUCCAGGCGCCAUUACAACCGCUGAUGGACAACCUGCAAAGUACGACCUACAACACGUUCGAACAAGAUCCGGUCAAGUAUGAACGGUACGAGGAGGCUAUGUACCUCGCGUUAGCAGAAUGGCCUCCUUCGGACAAGCCUUUGGUGCUUAUUGUCGCAGGCGCUGGCCGGGGUCCUCUUGUUGCUCGAGCGCUUACAGCUAUAGGCCGUGCCAAACGUGAGGUCAAGGUAUACGCCUUGGAGAAGAAUCCAAACGCAUUCGUGACGCUGCAGAACCGCAAACGCACUGAGUGGCACGAUCGCGUCUCACUUGUAUUUGGCGACAUGCGCCAAGCGCGCAUACCUGAGGAGGCCGAUAUCGUCGUCAGUGAGCUCUUGGGCUCCUUCGGCGACAAUGAGCUGAGCCCGGAAUGUCUGGACGGCGCGAUGCGAUUCCUGAAAGCCGGCGGCAUCUCCAUUCCGGCGUCGUAUACAGCAUACCUGUCGCCCAUCUCCUCGUCCAAGUUAUACAACGAGGUAAAAGCAGGGAAAGAUCCGCAGAAGUCGGCGGAGACCCCGUACGUCGUGAUGUUUCAGGCCAUCAACGUGCUAAGCGGUGAAGAUGACGGUGCGGGACGGUGCGGUCCGACAGUACAAGAAUGUUGGGAGUUUGAGCAUCCGCGCCGGGACGCCGUGCUGGGCGAAGACGGUCUCCCUCUUACAAACAGCCAUAAUGCACGGGCUGCAUCGCUCACAUUCCAUAUCCCUCACGCCGGCACGAUGCAUGGCCUCGCAGGAUACUUCGAGUCCGUGUUAUACGGCCCCGUCGGGCUCAGCAUCCACCCGGAACGUCAGAACGUCAUCAGCCCGAAUAUGCUUUCGUGGUUCCCCAUCUUCUUUCCUCUCAGUGCACCAUUAUACCUCCCGAGUGGAUCGGAACUGCGUGUCAACAUGUGGCGCUUGACCGAGCAUCGCAAAGUGUGGUACGAAUGGGCCGCCGAGGCAUUCUUGCCCGUAUUUCACCCCGCUGUGCCACCGCCUCUGCCUGCGAGUGUAUCGAGUCGCGCGAGUGUCAUCCCGCCGUCGCCAAGCUCUGCGUGGUUUAAUGUCGAUGAUGCCAUUGACAACCCGUUCCUUUCCGAGCGAGUCGCGACACCCAGGUCGGGUCAUCGUCUGUCGCGGGGGUUGAGUGGCGACGAUAGUGCUGGGACUGAGGCAGGGGUCGUAAAAGUCGGGCAGACGAUUCUGCACAACCCAGGUGGAAGAAGUAGCUGGAUCGGUUUGUAA